AUGUUGUACCUCUCUCGCCAUCGUGAAAGUCUUCUAACACAAGCUCCACAGUCGCGACAGCUUGAAGCCUUUGGCCGCACCGUCCAUGCCACCGCCAGCCAUUUUAUCGGCCCUCUCACAGGCGACCCUCACCAUUACCAAACCGCCCUGGGCGACAUCCACCGCGAGCUCCGCCGACCCUUGAUACAGCGCUCCGUCUUUGAGCUUGCCAAAGCUUCGCCCAAGGAGCUUGUCCGCUCUACUUUCUCCACCACCGAGAUCCAGCACCGCGCUCUAGUCCACCUCCCCGACGAUCUCCUCCGCCACAUCCCCGAACGCUCCAGCACUUACUCACUAUUCCAGGGCUUCCAGGCUUCCAAACCGGAAGAGAAGAAAAAGUCUGCCCGCAGCAACGACAAAGGCCAGAAACUACUCGCCCAUGAGAGCGACGAUGAAGCAGAUCCAACCACUCCUGCAGCCGCCCUGAAGAAGCUCAAGUCAAAGAAGGGUACCAUGGAGCACCGCUUGGAGAUGAUGGGCAUUCGCAAGAACAUGUGCAUCUCCGAGAUCAAAGAGAUCGAUACCAAGAUUGCCAAUCUCAACACUAUGAGGAAGAUUGUCCUUCAACGACUGGCCGGUCACGAGCAGGAAGAGGUCGACCUCGAAAACGAGAUACAAGAAAUGUCCGAGAAGCUCUCUGACUUGCAGGAGGAAAUGGAAGAUGCUGCUGCCCUGGCUACCAAAUCCCCACCACUGGAACCUACACCGGACACGCCUGCCGAUCUGGCCGAGUCUACCGAAACUUUCAUGUCUGAAUCUGUAUACGAGAAACUGCCUGACCCCUCGCCGACCAAGACGGACAAAGAAAAAGAAAAGGAAAAGGAGAGGAAGAAGCGCCGUGUAAACAGGCGCAAGUCCAUGCCGGUAUUGCACGAGCACAUGGAGAAGGGCUCUCGCAUCCGCGAGUUCCAAGCCCACAACGACAUGAUUACCGCUCUGGACUUUGACGCUCCUUUUGGCACUCUUGUUUCCGCCGCCCUCGACGACACAGUUCGCGUUUGGGAUCUGAACGCUGGAAGAUGCAUAGGUCUCCUUGAAGGCCACCACGCUUCAGUACGCUGCUUGCAGGUACAAGACAAUUUUGUUGCCACUGGCUCAAUGGAUGCUAGUAUUCGCUUCUGGGACCUGAACCAAGCCGAAUAUUCCCCUCCGCCAUCAUCGCGGAAUAACAGAUUUGGUCGUUCAUCCGAGGACGAGGAAGACGAUGCCGACAUGUUCUCUGAUCCUGAAUUGGACCCUCUUCCCGUCGCACCUACAUCUUCCAUGCAAGACUGUCUGGUUACCGAGCUUUCUGCUCACGUGGCAGAAGUUACCGCCCUCCACUUCCACAAGAACACUCUUGUUUCUGGUUCGGCUGACAAGACGCUUCGCCAGUGGGACUUGGAGAAUGGCCGUUGCGUGCAAACACUUGAUGUCAUGUGGGCAGCCGCUCAGGCCAGUGUAUCGAACAAUAGCUUUGGCGCCCCUUCUCCAGCUGCUGCAGACCCAGCUGCCUCGGAGGGAUGGUGGCGACCUGCUUCCGGCCGCUUACCGCCUGCCGAAGCGGACUUUGUAGGUGCCAUUCAAGUGUUUGAAACAGCAUUGGCAUGCGGUACUGCCGAUGGUAUGGUUAGACUCUGGGACUUGAGAAGUGGCAAUGUGCAUAGAAGUUUGGUUGGUCAUACAGGCCCCAUCACGUCUUUGGCGUUCUCUGGCAUUCAUAUGGUGACUGGCAGUGCUGACCGUAGUGUUCGGGUAUGUUGUGUCCUUGUAUACAACUCGGCGACAUGUGCUAANCAUCAUUCACAGAUUUGGGACCUCCGUACUGGUGGAAUUAUCGACGCAUUUGCAUACGAAUCACCAAUCGUCGACUCAUCGGUCGACGCCAGACAUAUCGUGUCGGCGAUUGGUGAGUCGGUGGUCAAAGUCUACGACAAAACCGAUGGCAACCAAUGGGACUGCGGGCCUGGGGCGUCGGAAACGGAAGAGGAAGACCAAGGGCCGCUUUCCACCAUCGAGCGUAUCCGCAUCAAGGACGGCUAUCUGGUUGAAGGUAGAAAAGACGGAGUUGUCGGCGUGUGGUCAUGUUGA